AUUUCCUGCUUUCCAUUCAGUCCCCGGCGUAUUUCACUAUACCUCUUCAAUUAUUUUAACGACGCCGAUUAACCAGCAGAAUGGCUUCCAAGAUGGACAUUGACCGACCCCUCGAUGAGAUUAUCGCCACCAAGGCCAAACCACGUCGUUCCAGGCAAGGCGGAGCAGGUGCCCGGCGUGGGGGUGCUGCGUCUGGCGCCACCAGUGCUCGAGCGAGAUACGCUUCGACAGUUCCCAAGACUAUAUCGGCUCCUCAACCAUUUAGCGCCGAAGUAUUCAAAAUUAUCAUCAGCAAUCUGCCCAGCGAUGUGACUGAGGCCGCUGUCCGAGAUCUCAUGCAGUCGACUGUCGGGCCUGUCAAAAGUGUCCAGAUGUCUUACACCGCUACAGGCAAGAGUACUGGUAUUGCUACGGUAGUCUUUAGGAACAAGGGCGACGCGAGGAAGGCUCAUGCCUCUUAUCACAAUAGGAUGAUCGACAAUCAACGCCCUAUGAAGGUUGAGCUUGCCAUUGACCCCAAUCAGGCGCAAUCUUCCCUCGUUAAUCGGGUUGCACCUGCUCCCGUUCAGCCUCAAAAGAGGCGCGCUCCCGCCAGCAAGCCUCGCAACACGCGCCCGGCCAAGAAGACCGCUGAACAGUUGGAUGCUGAGAUGGCGGAAUAUAAGCAAUCUUCGACUGCGUAAACAUAAGAAUUAUCCAUAUUGUCUUUGAUAUGAGGUCUCGCGAAGUCCUUUUGACGUGAUGUAUGAUAUUGGUUUGCCUCAGGUUGUUCACUUGCUAUGUGAGCAACAACUAUGUGAGCAACGAGGCUCUAUCCAAAAUGAUUAUUAUACAUUUAAGAGAUACACAUUCAAGAGAUACCCUGGUCACAUCUUGAUGCAGAAUAUGAUGGAUAGCAGCAGCAAUUGGUAC